AUGGAUCCGGUAGACGUAGCUCACUUGAAGAAAGGCGAAGUCGACCUUGGCACCUCCAUUAUGGCGGUUGCCUUUGAUGGCGGUGUCGUCAUCGGCGCUGAUUCGCGCACGACGAUGGGCUCGUACAUUGCGAAUCGCGUCACCGAUAAACUGACACAUCUCUCGGAUCGAAUCUACUGCUGCCGCUCAGGCUCAGCUGCCGACACACAAGCCCUUGCUGAUGUCGUUACGUACCACUUGCAGUUGUACAGUGUGACACAAGAGCAGCAACCCCCUACCGCCGUGGCGGCGAACCUUUUCCAGGAACUCAUAUAUCAGAACAAGGACCGCCUCAGUGCUGGUAUCAUUGUGGCUGGCUGGGACAAGCAGCAUGGCGGUCGCGUGUUCAACGUCCCUCUCGGCGGCGGCGUGUUCGAGCAGCCGUGGGCGAUUGGUGGUUCUGGCUCGACAUAUAUUUAUGGCUACUGCGACUCAACUUGGCGCGAAGGCUGGAAUAAGGAACAAACCCUUGAGUUUGUACGAAAUGCUUUGAGCCUGGCGAUGCGUCGUGACGGCUCGUCCGGUGGCACUAUCCGUCUGGCGGUUAUCACAGAAGACGGUGUGGAGCGCCACUUCAUUCCGGGUAACGAAUUGCCUAUUCUCGCAGCUAAAGAUGUAUAG